AUGGACAGUGUGGACAAUGAGGGCGACGUGGAUAACUCUAUGGGUGUUCGUCCUAUUUGCGACUAUGUUGAGCUGCCACGUGUUGCAAAAGAAAUUCCAAUGGUUACUAAGUGGGAAGAUGAUAUUAUUAAUAGAGCAUCACAGCAGAACUGUUUCAGAAUCAGUAUCGCCAACUCGGAUAAGAGUCGAUAUGUGGUGAAAUGUCGGGGAGCAGCUGAAGGUUGUAAAUGGGUUGUGAGAGCAACAAAGAUAAAGAAUUCUGAAGCGUUCUCGAUUAGAACAUACAUAAAGAUACAUUCAUGCUCUCACGCAACAUCAAGUAAUGGAAUCAAAAGGAAACGUACACCAAGAUGUGUUGCAGCUAUAGUGCAUAUGGAUUAUCCGGGACUAUUUGAGAAACCUACUCUGAAAACCCUGGUCGGUCUGGUGCAGAGGACAUUUGGUGUGGAAAUGUCGUAUGCCACAUGUUUGAGAGGAAAACAACAAGUUGUUUCGGAUUGGCAUGGUAGUCCCGAGGAAGGAUACAAAAAAUUGACUUCUUAUUUGCAUAUGUUAAAGAAGGUCAACCCGAAUACAAAAACAAGUUUGUUAUUGGAUUCGGAAAAAAGAUUCAAAUACCUAUUUGUUGCGUUGGGAGCUUCCAUUGAAGGGUUUGAAUACAUGGGGAAAGUCAUCCCUAUGGAUGCAACUUUUCUGAAGAUUGUUAAAGGUGGUGUUUUAAUUAUUGCCACUGCUCAGGAUCUAAACCUUCACCAUUAUCCUUUACCUUUUAGUGUCGUUGAUGGGGAGAAAAAUGAUAGCUUGAACUGGUUUUUCACACAGCUGAAAACUGUUAUACCGGAUUCGACAGAAUUGGUGUUUGUUGCAGACAUAAAUCCAUGUCUGAUAAAAGUCGUUGCUGAAGCGUAUCCGAUGUCUAAACAUGGAUAUUGUAUCUGGAAACUAUCGCACAAUGUGGAAGUUCAUGUCAAACAGGGCAGGGACGAGGUUGCACUACAAUUCAGGAAAGUUGCACAAGUUUAUUUAGAGGCUGAGUUUGAACAGCAGUAUCAAGAGUUUAGGAGAGGUAUCCAGGGUGUGAUAAAAGUACGAAGGAUGUAUUUACUGCCUAUGUUUGAGACAGUUAGUGACAAAAUGACCAAGUGGUUCAAUAGACAUAGGAAGGAUGCAGCAGCCAGACCAUCAUCUCGAAAAUUGGUUCUUUAUGUGGAGAACAAAAUGCAUAAAAUAAUACUGAAAGGUGAAAAACUACAAGUGACUCAGCUGAACACUUUUGAGCUUGAAUACAGUGUUACUGGAACAGACGGGAAGACUUAUUUGGUGGAUUUGCAUCAUAAAACGUGCAGCUGCAGGAAGUUUGAUAUAGAUAAAUACCCAUGUGUCCAUGCAAUAGGCGCUGCCAUUAAGUGUUUGAAGCAUUGA